CGCCGAGUUUACUUUCCAAUAGAAAGCGGACGGGGUGGUUCCACAGUGGGAGGUUUGUGUUCCUUCAGUCCGUUUGAGAAGCGGAGAGGAUUACCACCGAAAACGAGUGCGAUUGCGGAGCGAUUCUGUCGGAUUCGCAUCCCGACACCUUCCCUAUAUUUUCGGACGACGUUUCCAGCGCUGAUCGUCGGUGAUUUUCCACGAUUCUUCAAUGGAUUACUAAUUUACCAUCGCGAUCGGUCGGAUAUAUCAGCUGAAGAUCUUUAAGUGAGUUCACUCAAGAGGAUCACCGUUACCGUGGACGGAGAUGAAGACACUGGAGGAGCCUCCUUACCUGACCGUCGGCACUGACGUGAGCGCCAAAUACAGAGGGGCCUUCUGUGAGGCCAAGAUCAAGACCGCCAAGAGACUCGUCAAAGCAAAGGUCACCUUCAAACCCAGCUUGUCCACUGCAGAGGUGCACGAUGAACACAUCAGAGGACUGCUGAAGGUGGGCGCUGUGGUGGAAGCCAGGAACCCAGAUGGGGUCUAUCAGGAGGCCACCAUCAACAAACUCACUGAUGCUAGUUUAUACACCGUUGUGUUUAAUGACGGUGAUGAGAAGACCCUCAGGCGCUCGUCUCUCUGCCUGAAAGGAGCGCGACACUUCGCUGAGAGUGAGACGCUCGACAGGCUUCCUCUGACGAACCCUGAACACUUCGGCUCUCCUGUCAUCGGCAAAAAAGGGAACCGCGGAGGCCGACGCUCCAAUCCCAUUCAAGAAGAGGAGUCAUCUUCAUCAUCUAGUGAGGAAGAGGAGGGCGAUCAGCAACAAAACGAAGAGCUUUAUGGGAAAGUGGUGUGUGUGGACGGAGUCGUCAUGAUUGACAAGAAGAAAUCCACAUGGUAUCCUGCGCUGGUCAUCUCUCCAGACUGUCAUGAAGAUGUGUCACUGAAGAAAGACAACGUUUUUGUUCGCUCCUUCAAAGAUGGAAAAUUUUACACCGUUUUGCGGAAAGACAUUCGAUCGCUGGACGAAGAGAAAGCUCCUAAAACGGAUGCAGGACUCAAAACAGCGUUAGAUGCAGCGUGGGCUUUCCAGCGUAACGGCACUGUGCCCAACACCUGGAGGACAGAGGUGAAGGAUGAAAGCUCCAGCAGUGAGGAGGAGGAUGAGGAAGAGGAGGAGGAGGAACAAGAGGAAGAGGCCAGCAGCGAGGAGGAAGAGGAGGAAGUAGAGCCGUUCCCAGAAGAGAAGGACAACUUCCUGCAGCAGCUUUACAAAUUUAUGGAGGACAGAGGGACUCCGAUCAAUAAGCGCCCGGUGCUGGGCUACAGGAAUCUCAAUCUUUUUAAACUCUACAGGCUGGUGCAGAAGCUCGGAGGAUUCAACAAUAUCGAGAGCGGAUCUGUCUGGAAACAGGUGUAUCAGGAUCUGGGCAUCCCCGUGCUCAACUCCGCAGCAGGUUACAACGUCAAGUGUGCCUACAGGAAGUAUCUGUGUGGCUUUGAGGACUUCUGCGCCUCCACGGGAAUCACGUUCCGCAUGGAUCUGCCGUAUAAAACGGCCGAGAAGACGAGCUCGAAGAGCGAGGUGAGCGUGGAGGAAACAGCCAUUAGUGGAAACGCUGUCUCUUUAAGCACAUCCAGCACAGAAGAAGAAGAGAAAGCCCUCAAAGAAGCAGAGACCUCCAGUGUGCAGCAUGUGGCCAAGGAGGAGGAUGCAGAAUCUACAGCGCCGUGUGAAGAUAAAGAGGACAUCAGCAGCUUACAUGAGGAGGAGGAGGAGGAUAAUCACGCUGAUGAAGAGGAGAACUAUACGAAAGAGGAGGCUGAAGAGUGCAUCGCGACAGCGCAGAGUCCCGUCACUGAGAGCGUGAAGGAGGAACCGUGUGAGGAACACCAUAACAAAGAUCUGUCAGGGGAUGUCAGCAGUCAGGAGUGGGAGGAAGGGGAGGAGUUUGAGUGUUACCCUCCUGGGAUGAAGGUGCAGGUGAGGUAUGGGCGAGGCCGCAAUCAGAAGACGUACGAAGCCACUGUGAAAGAGUCAGACCUGGAGGGGGGAGAGGUGCUCUACCUGGUGCACUACUGUGGCUGGAACGUCAGGUAUGACGAGUGGAUCAAAGCCGAUAAGAUCGUCAGACCAGCCAAUAAGAACAUCCCUAAAAUAAAGCACCGCAAAAAAAUAAAGAAUAAAGCAGAACGAGAAAGAGACCGAAUAGAGAGAUUGACAGACCAUGUGGAUCUUCCUUCACCCAAAAACCGCUUCAACCGAUUGUCCAAACCAAACUCCGGCAGUGAUGCUUUCUCCACGAAGGAGGAGUAUGGCGAUGAAGGAAGCCAGCAGAUGCCCGUCAAGUCCAUUGAGAUCACAUCAAUUCUCAACGGCCUCCCAGGCUCUGAAAGCUCCACAGACGACAGCGAGCGAGAAGAUGAUGGUGACGCUGAUCUCGACGAAGAGGAUCAUCCAGGAGCACGAGCGAGCCUUCGGAAAGCAGGUCUUCCAGAACGCCCGCUUACGCCGCAGCACUGGGAGAGCGGAAGCCCGUCUGAAGCCUUCAAAUCUCCCGCUGACGAGGAGCCGAGCGUCCAGAACAGCCCCGAAAUGAGCAAGAGAAAGGGCCAAUUUGAGGUGGAGCUCGAAGGAUCCGGCGGCAGAAGAAAAAAGGCUGAAGGUCAAGGUGAACGUGCUUUGAAAAGCCCAGGGAAAGGCAGAACUAGAAGCAGCAGAGGAGGCGAUUGGCUGCCAAGUAGUUCACCCAAAAAUUUAGAAGAACGAGGUCCGGUGGAGGAUAGAGGUGCUCAAUCGUGUAGCAGCUCUGAAGACGAAGCAGAUCCUACAACAGAACCACAAACCAAGGAAGAGUCAAGAGGAAAUCCCAAAACCAAGGGCUCACCUUCAAAGAAAUACAAUGGACUGAAGGAUAAAAAUAAAAGCGGGCGUUCGGGAUUCUGGGAGAUCCCGGAGAAAAGAGCCAAAAUAUCUACAGGGAUUGAAGAAAGAUCGCCUGGCUGUCGUACCAAAGGCCAGAAGGACGUGUGGUCUAGUAUCCAAGUUCAGUGGCCCAAGAAGACCCUAAAGGAGCUGUUUUCGGACUCUGAUACCGAGGCAGCCAACUCGCCUCCACCAGCCGUAACGGCUCCGGAAGAGCCCUUCGUCGAACCCUCCCGGGACGAGGAGAUCGCCGAGGACAAGCUGCAGGAGCAUCCCAGCAGUGGCACCAACUCGGUCCUCAACACGCCUCCGACUACACCAGAGUCGCCCGCCAUAGGAGAAGGACCCGCCGAGGUCCGAGCGCCGUCGCCGCCCACCAGUCCUCCAGCCGUCUCUUCACCAACAGGAGCUCUGCUGGAGGAGCAAGCGGGGGGGCGCAGCGAGUCCGACAGCAGCACGGUGGAGGUGGAGAGCAUGGGUGGAGAAAUCCAGGAGAUUCCUCAAGAAGAGGGGGCAGGUUCCCCUUCCAAGGCUUUUGAUGGAAACCUGUCGUGCAACAGUAACAGCAACUGUAGCCUCACGAUAAGCAACUGCAGCCAGCAGGAGAGCGAGCAGAAAAAUAAAGCCUCAUCCAGUCAGAAGAGGCACAAGGAGUCUCAAGGCGGCGGAGCAUCAAAGAAACACAAGCGCAGUCAUAAAAGCCUGAGCUUACAUCCCAAGAAGAACCGCAAACCAGCCCACAGCAGUGACAGUGAGGACCAGUGUAUGAGCGAGAGCACUGCCAAAUCCCCCACAUCUAAGAGCAGCAGCGAGCUGAAGCGGAUGCCCCCCUCAGGCCACAAGUACCACAAACACGGCGAUCCGGAUCACUCCCACGGCCGGGGCAAGUGGAGCUUCCAGAUGUCGGACCUGGAGAAGAUGAGCAGUCUAGAGCGGAUAGCGUUCCUUCAGGAGAAACUGCAGGACAUCAGGAAUCACUACCUCCUGCUCAAAUCUGAGGUGGCCUCCAUCGACAGGAGACGCAAGCGCAUGAAGAAGAAAGAGAGAGAGACAGGUGCAGCGGCGUCCUCGUCCUCAUCCUCACCGUCCUCCAGCUCUCUGACGGCGGCUGUCAUGCUGACGCUGGCUGAGCCCACGGUGUCCAGCGCACCGCAGACCUCGGGGCUGUCUGUGGAGUGCAGGUGACAGCAGCGGGACGCCGGCGGCGAGCAGCACAGAGCACUUAACCAGCACCCUGCCCACCCCAGAGACACUGACGGACACAGCGACGGGACGAAACCAGAGCCACCAGACAGCAACAAGCACUAUUUUAUAUCGACAACUGUUUCCUUGGCAAGCUAAUUGCACUCAAGUGCACUUUCAUUCUGAGAGUUGUGGGUGGGUCGGGUUUGACAACAGGACAAAGACUAUUUCUAUUUGUUCGUCCGUUCAUUUUACAAACUGAUCCCAUUAACUUUUGACCAUUUAUGAAUAUUCGAUUCUUUCUUUGAAUAUGAAUUCAUCUGCAGUGACUGAACACUGUAGUUCACCCUCAGAUCCACCGGUCCCGAGCCGUUAAAGAGGCGGCAGAGUUUAGAAACAUGGACUUUCACUGACGGUCAGUCAACGCUGCAGUGCCUUACAGUUUGGGCACUUGUGAGGAAUGCUGGGAAACGCUCAGUGCUGGCUAACCUGUCAUCCAGGGGUAGAUAUAUGUUUCAUAACAGAGCCCAAACUCACAUGAAACUGAAUGUCUGCUUUUCUUUUUAAUCAUAACAGGAAUCAAGAGUCUGUCCAGGUCAUAUUUCACCCUAAAAUUAUUUAUAUACAUAUUAUAUGUAUAUAUAGCAAAAAAAAAACUGUAUUACAGUAAU